AAUAGGGCAAAUAACACGAAUAUCGCAUAUGGCAGAAAGUUGUGGACUUGCUUAGGGGCCAAUCUAGUAGUAGCAGACAGCAGAGAGUAGAGAGUGCGUGUAGAAGAAGAGAGACUUUCUCGAGGGGAGCGAGUGAGUGAGAACGGCCAGUGGGCUGUCAGAGUCUUCUUUUGGGACUCCGAGAGAACAAAAACGGAAAAUAGAAAAGAUAGAGAAAUAAAAGAAAUAAAAGUGCGGAAUGGAUGUGGUGACAUUCGGUAUUAUAAUCGGCAUAAUCUUGCUUUUCUUUGCUGCUGUUUGUUUUAUCACCAUCGAAGGAACCUGCAAACGCCGUCCUACUUAGUCUCCACUCUCCGCCCAAACAGCUCCUUAAACCCCACAGUCUUUAACGGCAACCUUAAAUUUUGAUAGGUACAAUAAAACCGACCUUAACCGACAACUGGGUUUUCUCAGAAAAUGGCGUUUUGUACGAAAGGUAUGGUCUUGGUUGUUGCUUUGGUUCUUGGGCUCUGUUUGGAUCUGAGUUUUGCUUCUGGGUCUUGUGCAUCCGCGGCUUACGAGUCUCCUGCUCACCACCACCACUGCGAUCAUGGGCAUGACCAUGACCAUGACCACGACCACGACCGCCACCACGACCACGACCACGACCGCCACCACCACCACGACCACCACCACGACCACGACCACCACGGGGAGAGCUUGUUGGGGUCAAAGCUUCCUGAGGAAUUGGCCGAGGAGGAGGAUAUGAAAUUGUACGGAUUUGGAUUUGAUCAACAUGGCCAGGAUCAUGGUCAUGAUCACGAGCAUUUUGGUGCUUUGCAGCUCUCAGUUACCGGUCUCUGGUUUCAUUCCUUGGGCUGCUCGCUUUUGGUGAGUAUGGCUUCCCUUAUUUGCCUGAUUAUCUUGCCAGUAAUAUUCGUACAGGGGAAACCAUCCAAGGCAGUUGUUGAUUCGUUGGCUUUAUUUGGGGCUGGAGCUAUGUUAGGAGAUGCUUUCCUUCAUCAAUUACCACAUGCUUUUGGUGGAGGACACUCCAGCUCACAUGACGACCAUGUAGGCCAUUCCCAUCAUGAUCAUAUUGGACAUGAGCAUUCAAAUUCACAUUCACAUUCUAUGAAAGAUCUUUCUGUAGGAUUAUCCAUCCUGGCGGGAAUUGUAUUAUUUCUUCUGGUAGAAAAGUUGGUGAGGUAUGUUGAGGAAAACUCUGGAGGAAGUAGUGCAUGGAGUCAUGGUCAUCAUCACCAUCAUCAUAAGACCAACAAGAAAUUGAAGGAUGAUAAUGAUUCUCAUGAUGACUUGCAUUCAGAAUCUUCCAGUGGAAAAGAUAGAAGGAAGCUGAAGAUGUCAUCUGAAGAAGAAGCGGCAGCUGAAGUUUCAAAUGAUUCUUUGAUGGAAAAUAAUCAACAUGACUCUCAUAUUCGUAAGAGAAACAUUACGACUGGUGAUAAACAAGAUGUAGCUGCUGCAGAUGACUCCAACCGUGAUGCUAAGUCCUCAGAUGGAGAACCUACUCGAUCACCAUCAAAUCUUGUGUUUGGUUAUCUCAAUCUCUUCUCUGAUGGUGUUCACAAUUUUACGGAUGGGAUGGCUUUAGGAAGUGCUUUUCUGCUUCAUGGAUCUGUCGGUGGGUGGUCUAGAACUCUAUUCUUGCUUGCGCACGAGAUUCCUCAAGAGGUUGGCGAUUUUGGUAUUCUUGUAAGGUCUGGUUUCAGUGUCUCCAAAGCUCUGUUUUUCAACUUUCUCUCAGCACUUGUGGCACUAGUUGGAACCGCAAUGGCUCUGCUUUUGGGCAAGAAUCCAGGACAGUCAUCUUUGAUUGAGGGUUUUACAGCUGGUGGAUUUAUAUACAUUGCUGUUGCUGGAGUGCUUGCAGAAAUGAACAGCAAUGGCAGCUCAUCAUUGAAAAGCACGGCAUUCCAAUUAACUGCAUUGAUACUCGGCAUGGGAGUUGCCCUAUGUAUUUCUCUUUUUGAAUGAAAGUUGAUUACAAAUUGGGACGUGAAAAUCAAUCCAAAUGUACUGCACAGGUAUAAUAGUCAAAUUGCAAUUAUCUCCUUGUCCACCUAAUGCCACGGCUGUUGUACGGUGAAUGUGGAAAAGGGACAGGUAGAUAAAGGAAAGAAGAAUGUGGUUAACCUUGCCUCUGUUCGUUCUGGGUAAUGUCAGAGGGUGAAUUCAUGAUCUUUACGGACAGUGAUCCAUACAAGGUGGUGAACGUGCUCUUUUUUCCUCCCCUGUAUUGGAGAAUCAACAUGCUUUUGUUAACUGCCUAUUAUGAGAUUACAGUUGCUCAAUAUCUUUUGCUUUUCCUGAUUUGGAUUAGCUGGUUUUAGAACUGCACAAAUAUAAAGCUUGAUAUUAAAAUGACUUUAUAUAUGCCGUGAAUCGAAGGAUGCGUUCUUUAAUGACAGAGAGGAAACUGACCACUGUUUAUGCUAAUUCGUCCUUCAAUUAGGGGGGCGGUGCUUUUUCCUGAGGCUCUGUUGUACAGCUUGAAAGGUCUUUUUGUUCUUGAUUGGCGGCAUAGGAAUGCGUGGUUUGAAUAUAGCUUUUCUUUGUUCU